GCCUUCCGCGAGGGAGAGAAUACUCAGAUUGCUGACCCAGUGACUUGCGAUGAAAUUUUUGAAAGUUUAACUAAAAUUCAUACUAAUUAUUAUAAAAAUAAGUAUCCACGUCUGAGAGAUACAAACUUCUCUGGAGUGCCAGUGGAGGAAUGCAAGUUGGUCCUUGCAACAGAACAAUUGAAGCAGCUGGAAGAAGGAAAGCUUGGAAAAUUGAAAAGGUUACGUGAAAAAUUCUCCGCCAAGCAUCACAAAGAAGAUUCCAAAUAAUAACUUGGUCUUUAACUGGUUUCAUAAAGCACUGUUUUUGCCAGUAUAGCUAAACCUCGUUACCAGCAAAGGACAAUGGAAAGCUAUUCUGAAAUGAGAUAAACAAGCUCCAUUUGAAUACAUUGGUUUAUAAAGACUUAGGAAGUCCAUCUAAAGAACAGGAAAUGAUAUAGUUACAUGCUGUGGGUGUUUACCUAUCUUCAAUAUGAAUGUCAUCUUGCAACUGAUGUGUUGGAGCCUAACAGAACUAUAGUUCAUGUCAAAACAAAACAAAUCUAACAUUGGGAUUCUGUGACAGAAAUGUGUGGCUGUUUACUGUUAAUUAGCUUGUGUGUUGUUUACGGGAAAGGCAGCACUUACUCUGGGGAAAAAGAAGCUUACCAUAUGUUGUGCAAAAUUAAAUAUUGAGAGGAGAAAUUUCUAUUCUAUGACUGCUGCCUGUGAAAUCGAUGAGAUAGCAAAGUAGUUCCAAAUACAUGGGCAGCUCCCAAAUGUU